GCCUCUGAUCCUCCCUCCCUCUCAUGGUGGGAGGGGCUUUGUUGAAAGCCUAUGAAGUUACUAUGAGUUACUGCCAGGGUCUCGUGUGGGAGAGACGUUGGCUUGGCUUUAUCAUUCCUUUACAUUGCGGUUCGGUCAGACGAAUCCUCGAUUUUUCACCUGAUGAGGCAACUAGCCUGGCACUAAAGUCAUAGUCGCCGGGCGGGCAAACUGGCAGCACUGGGCAUGGCCUCGUUAUAAAGGUCUGCAGAGGUGAGAGAUGGUGCCCUGAAGCACACCACCGAUCUACCAAUAUGCUCUGAACGAGUCACACUCACCAAGGCAGUACAACAGACUCACCCGAAACGAAUGCAUACGAACUAGUAAGGGAGUCCAUGAAGAAGUGGGUUCCUCAACGGAAGAUUGCAUUGAUCCAGCAAUGCGGAUCUGAAGCUUGUUUGUCCCAGGAAAUGACACCCACUCGACAAUGAAACAGUGAAUCGCCUCCAAUGCACAAGAUCAAGUGAUCCGAAAACCAAGAUUGACUGAUGUUGGUCGAGAUUGGUACUAAUCUCAAAUCUCAGUAGAACCCAAUCUAACAGCCUUUUGAUCUCCAAACCGCCCGCAAGGUCUCAUCAUGUCAGGAAUUGUGGGCGUAUUUGCCUCGAUUGGGGAGCAUCUCCCAAUUUUGAACAAAGAAAAACUAGCCGAACCCAAACCAGAGGGCCCCAUCAGCCGUUUCCAUUACCGUGGAACGACCAUUUUAAUUCUUUCGUUUUGUGUCUUGGUGACCACCACUGAAUGGGUCUCAGGCACGGACUCGAUCAUUAACUGCCUUCAUAAUGGCCCAAUCCCGGAAAAUGUCAUUGAAAACUAUUGCUAUAUCAUUGGAACAUUUUCUGUUCCAAAGCAUUAUGUCGAUGAAGUGAAAGAUAUCGGUAAUCGGGUCUCUCAGACCGGUGUGGGUCCUUACGAAGAUGAGGACGAGAUCGAAAUUAAGGGCUAUUACCAAUGGGUGCCAUUUAUGCUGUUUCUCCAAGGAUGCAUGUUCUAUGUUCCACACUUGAUCUUCAAGCUAUGCGAGGCUGGGAAAAUAAAACUCAUCCUCACGGGUCUUCACCAAUACAUCAUGGAUUCAGACGAACGAAGCGGCAAGCAAGAAGAUUUGGCCAAUUAUCUUGUAGACACUCGUCACACACACCGAGUUUGGUGUUGCAAGAUUCUCCUAGCUCAAUGCUUGUACUUGGUGAAUGUCAUUGGGAACAUGUUCCUCACGGAUUGCUUCCUUGGAUGGGAGUUCUACACAUACGGUGUUCAAGCUCUGAGCUUUCUGGAAGGCACGGACGAUUUCAGAGUGGAUCCGAUGUCCCGUGUUUUUCCCAGAGUGACCAAAUGUAUCUUCAGGAAGUUUGGUCCAUCGGGAACUAUCCAGAAGCAUGAUGCUCAGUGCGUCCUACCCAUCAAUAUUAUCAAUGAAAAAAUCUAUGUGUUCCUAUGGUUCUGGUUCGGGCUCUUGUCCGCCCUCACCAUUCUCGAGCUGAUCUGGACCCUAUGCAUUGUGUUCCUUUCAAGUGCCAAAUCGAUUAUUAUUCGACGCAAGUUGAGUCUCAGUCCCAAUCGCAAAACCUUGAAAGUGGAUGUGAAUUACUUGUGCCGUAACAUGGAUUUCGGAGACUGGAAGUUAUUGUAUCAUCUCUUGAAGAACAUGGAUUCCCUUCUCUUUGGCGAGAUGCUUGAGCACUAUUCCGAGAUCCUUCAGAAGGAGCUCGAGUCCGGAGGCAAGGACGACACUCUCUCACUUCGCUCCCUAAUGAGAGGCAAAGACGAGAAACCCGAUCUGCCGCAUGACGACGACGAUGAUGACGAAUUCUUAAAACUUCAUGAUGGCAACUAUCUUAAGGCCAAAGAGGCUGGAGAGAUGGACAGUCCGAAGAAGACCACCGAUAUUUGACUCCCAAGACCCAACGACGAUCGCCGAUGGAAGAGCGUCGGGUCCAUGGGAGAUGAGACGAAUUUCAUUUUUGGAGAAGCUCAUCAGUUGCUAAGAAACUCAUAGUUUACAAGCCCAAGAUUCUCACGUUCCCUUUGAACACUACACAUUAUUAAUACAUACAUAUGAAAGUAUGCAUCUGUGCACAUGGACGUCUUCAAGCUUGGACGGACACAGGAACAAAAUGAAUCGGCAUUGUUUAGCUCCAAUCACCCAAAUAUUUUGAGUGUUCCGUUUUUCUGCUCAAUUGAAACGCUUAAAGCAGACAUAACGGAACUGAAAAUUUUGAUCACGUUUCUGACUUUUUGUGUGUAUUCAAAUAAUGUAAGACAAGUCGUCUUGAUUAUUACUGAUUUAUUAAUGAUUAUUACUCGAACUUUUGCAUUUGUGCUGUUGGAGCUAAGAAUACCAUUUUUAUUCCGACCUGCAGCGUCCAAGUUUGUCGAAGGUUUUGCUGUUUUGUGCUAUAUCCAGUCUUUUUUAAUCAGAACACUCAAAGUUCAUUCUACAUUCAGUAUUUCCUGUUCUUCUGAAGAGCUAAAAUCUCCCUCACUUUAAAACUAUAUUCUGUAUGAUCUGAUGAAAACCCUAUGAUACUGCAAUUUUUUUGGUAAAGAUUCGAAAUGAACAGUCAUAUCAAGCAUAAA